AUGAGUUCCUUAGAGGACGAGCCCCUUGGGCACCAGCAAACGCCUGAUUUUGACUCUCCGCCUCCGGCGUCUGGCAUCGAUGCGCUUGAUGACCUUCACCAAGCCGAAACAAAUCGAAGCAAGCGUCGUGUUGCCACUGUUUACGACGCCGUCGCUGGUGAGUCGCGCAAUCCAGACUGCGGCUUGCGAAAGCCGAUGCUGACGCUACGCGAGGACAGCAAGCCCGCACUCGUUACCAAGUACCCGCAUCGCGAGUCAAAGUAUGGGCCGGAUGAGGUUCUUUUCCGGCGCAAAGACGCUCCCCAACGUUACGAAGAGAGUGACAUCUAUUAUGCGCACGAGAGGGACCUCCCUCGGGGCGGCCGCGGUGUCUUGCCCGAAAGCGACUUGCUCAAAGCCGUCCACGACUACUCUGGGCAGUUCUACUCACGUAUGCGACGUCGUGGAAAUGCUGCGUCGCAGAGCUACAAUAUAGACGAGGCCAGCAUGGAUGAGACAGCCUUGCUCGCGUUUGGCAUCCUACUCGAGGAAGCUGGUCGCGACGUCCUGGGCAAGAGGGGCGACAUGGUGUUCACGGAGGGCGUCGAGCCGGACGACCAGGACGAAGAGCCCUCGGAACGCAACGACGAGCAGAUUAUCGCCGACACUGUCGGGCCGCUGGAUGGCCUUUCUGGCCAAUCCCAGACGAAGAAGGCAUCGAAGAGACGCAGAGUCGAAAGCCCGAACCGGUCGAAUUCAUGA